UUGGGGUAACGAGCCGUAACGUUGUUUGCUGACCGCAUACGCGAAGAAGAAGGAAACCGGAAGUAGAUCGCUUAACUGGGACAUAGCGCAUGCGCAAGCCUCUCGUGUCUUCGACCUCUACUACGAACCGACAUCGGUUAAACGCCAGCUGCUUUUUGGUUGACCUGACCAGGACGUCCAGUCGCAAUGUAUGCCUGUGCUAAGUUCGUCUCCACGCCCUCUCUGAUCCGUACUGGAUCCCGGGCUCUGUACAGACCCCUCUCAGCAGCAGUAGUGUCCGAUGGAAGGAAAGCUGAGACUGCUUCGCUCCUGGCACCACAGAGCAUUGUAGCCUCCCAGCAGCAGGUGGCAGUGCGGGGUUUCCAGACUAGCGCCGUGAGCCGCGACAUUGACACCGCUGCAAAGUUCAUUGGAGCAGGAGCCGCCACCGUGGGAGUGGCUGGUUCUGGAGCUGGGAUCGGGACAGUGUUCGGUAGUCUUAUUAUCGGAUAUGCCAGGAACCCCUCUCUGAAGCAGCAGCUGUUCUCGUACGCCAUCCUGGGCUUUGCUCUGUCUGAAGCCAUGGGUCUCUUCUGUCUGAUGGUUGCUUUCCUCAUUCUGUUCGCCAUGUAAUCCUGUCAGGCGUUGGCCGUGAAAGGACACAUCAUGAUGUUAACAAGAAUUGGCAGUCUGAGAUGCCCUUGACUAGGUGGAUUAUUUUAGCUUGUUGUGUCGCUUUUUCUUGUUCAUUAGUGUUCCACGAAAGAUUGUGAAUCCGUCAAUGUAUGAAACUCUGGCAAAUUCAUUUUAAUGACAGUGUUGUCAUUAUAUUGUAUAUUUACUGUAAGCAAAAAUCUUUGUUAAUCAUGGAAACGAUGACAUAAGUAAAACGUUUAAUUCAU